AUGCUUAACAAGAUGCUGGUGAUAGGCAAUGUGGGCAGGGACCCGGAGAUGCGCUACACGCCUAACGGUAGUGCGGUAACAUCGUUCAGCCUCGCCGUUAAUAGGUACUACACUCCGGCUGGUGGUGAACGUCAAGAAGAGACCGAAUGGUUUAACGUUGUAGCGUGGAACCGUCUUGCCGAAACUUGCAACAAUUAUGUGACCAGAGGUAUGAAGAUCUAUGUAGAGGGUAGGCUCAGAAGCAACUCUUGGGUAGGACAGGAUGGGCAGACUCGCUUUAGGAAUGAGAUAAUUGCAAACACCGUUCAGUUUCUUGACCGACGUCAAGGUGGCAGUGGCUAUGGCGGACCGCCGGGUGAGCCGAGUGGCGGCGGCGGAUACGGCGCAGAUGGCGGAUACGGGGGGCCGGAAGAGCCGUCGGAUGCGGAUGAUUUGCCGUGGUAA